AUGGAAAUUGAUUUUAAUAAAAUGUUUAAUAUAAUGAUAUUUGCUAUGCGAGUGAAUAGAUGCCACCCGGACAUAGCGCGAGAUAGGAAAUGGGCUCUGCAAUUUAUUUGUGUGCACGGAAUAUUUUUUAUAAUGUUCUGUGCUUUGGUUUACAGCAUUAUCUUUUGUGAUAUAAAGAACAAAGACUUCACUCAGGCAUGUUCGAAUGGCGCCAUAUGCAUUGUGUUCAUUGUUGUCACGUUUAAAUAUUGCGUUAUGUUAUAUUAUCAAAAAUUAUUUAAAAAUAUGAUACAGAUAAUGAAAAAUGACUACAAAUUAUCUACAGAGUUGCCAUUAGAGGAGCGAGAAAUUGUAUUACACUUUGCUUUAAAAGGCAAAGGGGUUAUGAAAUUCUGGCUUAUAAUAUCUAUCUGUACAGCAAGUCUGUUUCCAGUGAAAGCUAUUGUUUUAAUGAUUUAUUACAAGAUUAUUGGGGAUUUUAAAUUCGUACUUCUUUACGAUUUGACGUAUCCUGCAGGAUUAGAAGAACAUAAAAAUGAACCUGGCACAUUCGCCUUUCUAUACUUAGCUUUCUUUUUUUAUGAUUUCUACGCAAUGUUUAUGUAUAUAGCGUUUGUACCGCUGGGACCUAUAUUUAUGCUACAUGUGUGUGGUCAGCUGGAACUUGUUAAGAAAAGAGUGUUAACUAUCUAUCCUAAUAAUUUAUUUGAUAACGAGAAGGUUUUGAAUCAAUUUAAAGAUAUUAUAGUACAUUUGCAGAACAUAUACAGGUCUGUUUAA